AUGGAGAUGGUGUCGUGCGCGGCUGCCGCUGCUGGGCGGCCGAGGUCCGGAUCCGGAUUUGUAUCCCGCCAGGAUGAAGAUGCGUCCCCAGCCGCCGCUGCCGUCGCCGGCGCCGGACACCACCCCGUCGCCGUGCUGGCGCCAGCCCUGCUCCCCGGCGUCGUCCCAGUCGGCAGAUAUGCCGUUGUUGGGGAACUCGUCUUCGCCUACCUCUGGGGCGUACUCGAGGCGCUGAUGGGCCGCUUUAUCAUCAAGGGCCGCUACAUCACCUCGCGCAACAACUGGGCGAUCGACGUCGACCAGGAGGUGGUGGAGGGCUGA